GGGAGCUUCAGAACAUCUGCUUCACGCUGAAGAAUCGUCCUCGUACACAAUGGACUACGAUAGAGACGCUGCAAGGUUAUGGCGGGUCUGCAAGACUGUGCGCGAACUCGUUCGGGAUAGGGGCUAUGCGGUAUCCGAUGACGAGAUCAACAUUUCGCUCGAGGAUUGGAAGGCGACUUACGGCAGGGGUGGCAACAUAGAUAAAAUAGGGAUGACCUACGUAGCGUCUCUGAAAGACAACCCGAUGGAAUCGCUGCUGGUCUUUUUCACCGAAGACGAGAACGUCGGCAUCAAACCGAUCAAAAAAAUUGCUGAGCGAAUGGUCACAAACAGCAUUUUCAAAGCCAUUGUCGUAUAUCAAAAGAAUAUGACACCGUCAGCUAAGAAGGUCGUAACGGAGAUGGCCCCGAAAUACACAAUAGAGUUGUUUACCGAGGGCGAGCUGCUCGUGAACAUCACCAAACACAUCCUGGUGCCUGACCACGAAGUGCUGAAGGACGAAGAAAAGAAAAAUCUGCUAGAGCGAUAUCGUCUUCGCGAAUCGCAGCUGCCACGAAUCCAUCACAGCGACCCGAUUGCAAAAUACUACGGGAUGAAGCGCGGACAGGUGGUUAAGAUUAUUCGGCCGAGUGAAACAGCGGGAAAGUACGUAACGUACAGGUACUGCUUCUAAACGAUCCCCAAGAACGCCGCUGGGCCAUCAACCACUUCCGAACUCCUAUGUUGACCGCCUUCAUCACUCAUCCGACAACACGCAAACACCGGACUCCCACACAUGCCGGCGCCGUGCCCGCCCAAACCCAUACAACAUCCCUCACAAACACAUAAUAUCGACAACUUACCCUCGAUACACCCGGGUUUGUUCAACACCAAUUCUAUUUAUUACCGAUACAGCGG